AUGGAUGGUGAGAACAGGAUCAUACUAAACGUCGGUGGUAUCCGUUACGAGACCUACAAAGCCACGUUGAAGAAAAUACCAGCUACGAGGCUUAGCAGACUCACCGAAGCUUUAGCCAAUUACGAUCCUGUGCUCAACGAGUAUUUUUUUGAUAGGCAUCCAGGCGUGUUUGCCCAAGUACUCAAUUACUAUAGGACGGGGAAACUUCAUUACCCGACAAACGUUUGUGGACCGCUUUUCGAGGACGAGCUGGAGUUUUGGGGACUGGACUCGAAUCAGGUAGAGCCCUGUUGCUGGUCCACUUACAGCAUUCACAGAGACACACAGGCGACCCUCGCCAUUCUCGACAAGCUGGAUAUCGACUCCGAGAAACCAAACGAGGAGGAAGUUGCCAGAAUGUUUGGUUACGAGGAAGAAUACUUAGCUGGAACACUGAACCUUUGGCAGAGGACCAAGCCAAAACUAUGGGCGCUCUUCAACGAACCGCAUUCGUCGUUAUCGGCCAAGGUGGUCGCUGUCAUAUCGGUGUUUUUUAUAUGUGUGUCCGUACUGUCGUUUGCGUUGAAAACUCAUCCUGACUUACGAGUGGCCACACUGAGGAACGUGACCGUGCCCAAGGAUCGGCCGCCAGCCCCGGGUGAGGACCCUCCGAUGGAAUGGGUACUCAGCAAGGACCGGACUGAUCCUCAUGAGGCUUUUUUCUACGUGGAACUCGUUUGUAACGUUUGGUUCACAUUCGAACUCCUAGCUAGAUCUAUCGUAACCCCUAACCUCGUGCACUUCGCCAAGUCUCCUGUCAACAUCAUCGACUUCGUAGCUACGCUUAGCUUCUACACGGACACCAUGCUGCAAAGCACUCUGGCUCACCGUUUCGACAACACCGAAAUCCUAGAAUUUUUUUCGAUCAUUCGUAUUCUGAGGUUGUUCAAACUUACCAGACACUCGCCCGGGCUGAAAAUACUCAUACACACAUUCAAGGCUUCCGCAAAGGAGCUCACUCUGCUCGUGUUCUUCUUGGUGUUGGGAAUCGUCGUUUUCGCCAGCCUGGUGUACUACGCCGAACGAUUGCAGGCCAAUCCGCAGAACGACUUCAAAAGCAUACCGGAAGGAUUGUGGUGGGCGAUCGUAACCAUGACCACGGUCGGAUACGGUGACAUGGCGCCCAAGACGUACAUGGGCAUGUUUGUCGGUGCUCUGUGCGCUUUGGCCGGCGUGCUGACCAUCGCACUCCCCGUUCCUGUCAUCGUGUCGAACUUCUCCAUGUUCUACUCACAUACACAGGCCCGUUCAAAGUUACCAAAAAAAAGGAGAAGAGUGCUUCCUGUGGAGCAGCCUCGACCAAAACGUUGUGACGCCGUCUGUGCGGGUGUCAUGGGCGCUGCUGGGCUGAUAGGAAAUCGUAGAAUGGUCACCGCUCCUACCCCCGGAGCGAUACUCAAAGAUACUUUCGUAACUCCAAAAUUAGGCAACAUUAACGGGAUGAACGUGCUGAGUCUCGCGUUCCAAGCACCACAAAUACCUGGCAUGUCUGCACCGUCUUUUUUGCCGUACAAUUCACCCCCGAGACACUCCCAGGGACCGCAAGACUCAUUUCCCGGAGGCGUACUUAACGGCCGUGGCGGAAUUGUGGCCCCGGCACCACUCCAACCCAGGGCGGCGACGAUUGAAUCCGUAUUCCUUCCGUUACAGCCAAGUCUUUUGGUGUCCUUGGGCGAGGACUCCAGGCCUCAGGACAUUGUAAUGCAGAGGACGUCUUCGUUGCCAAACUCAUCCGGAAACGAUUCGGUCAAUCCGUCGUCUUCAUGA